AGGGCGUGGGGAGAGUGGGGGGUACCGGGGCGAACGUGGGACCCGUGCGGCUCUGCUACAGGCUGUUGAUCCGUCGAAAAGUUGCGCUCAGACCUUCUUCAGCCUCCUACUUUCUUCUGCCGGUCUUGCUAUUGAGUUGGAGCGGGGCAGAGACCUGCGUACGAAGUAUCAGGCGAAGUGCCAGCUCCCUUUCCUCGCAGUGCCCUGCGCGGUUGGUGGCUCGGGGUUCAUCCUCAGGAUCGGGCACAAACUUUCCGGACUGUCCUAGGACACCAGUCCGGCGAGUCCUGAGCCUCGCGGGGAGGCGCAGCCGCGGCCGCAGACAGAUUUUGAAAAUCUUCUUGGAGUUUCCAGCCGUGGCAAGUGUUGGAGAAAUUUUUUCUGCCCCUCUGAUCAAGUGAAGUGAGCAAAACCAACCCAGUGGGGAGGCCGUUAAAGAGUGCAGUCAUAGCUCCCCGUAGGCCAAGGUAGUCGUGUAGUAGAAUAGCCAGGUGGGUCAUUAUGAACUCUUCAGCUACACAGCCUCGUGUUUCAUGCUGACUCUUCUUACUAUCUGGGUUUUGGAAGGUGACAAUGAAAUGUGAAGAAGUUCCAUUUCUGAUGUGAUACUUGAAAGUUAGUGACUGCUUGCCAAAUUUCCAUGAAAAUUAAAUAUGACUUAGAAGCAUUGAUUUAUGACGGUUUAUCAUGUCAUCGGUUGCAACAGGAAGCAAACUCCAGCAGGCUGUGAGCCUGCAGGGAGUUGACCCGGAAACUUGCUUGAUUGUAUUUAAAAACCACUGGGCGCAGGUUGUAAAGAUCUUAGAAAAGCAUGACCCCUUGAAGAACACCCAGGCAAAAUAUGGAUCCAUCCCUCCAGAUGAGGCCAGUGCUGUGCAGAAUUACGUAGAACACAUGCUCUUCCUGUUGAUUGAAGAGCAAGCCAAGGAUGCCGCCAUGGGGCCAAUUCUGGAAUUUGUGGUCUCUGAGAACAUCAUGGAGAAACUCUUCCUUUGGAGCUUGAGACGGGAAUUUACGGACGAUACUAAAAUCGAGCAGCUAAAGAUGUACGAGAUGCUGGUCACGCAGUCUCAUCAGCCUCUGCUGCACCACAAGCCCAUUCUGAAGCCCUUGAUGAUGCUGCUGAGCUCUUGCUCAGGGACAACCACCCCGGCUGUGGAGGGGAAGCUGGUCGUCCUGCUCAAUCAGCUCUGUUCCAUCCUUGCCAAAGAUCCAUCCAUUCUGGAACUCUUCUUCCACACGAGUGAGGACCAAGGGGCGGCCAAUUUCCUCAUCUUCUCCCUUCUGAUUCCUUUCAUUCACCGAGAGGGGACAGUAGGUCAGCAGGCCCGGGAUGCUCUACUUUUCAUCAUGUCUCUCUCUGCCGAGAACAGCGUGGUGGCCCAUCACAUUGUGGACAACACCUACUUCUGCCCAGUACUCGCAACCGGGCUCAGUGGUCUCUACUCUUCCCUGCCUACAAAGCUGGAAGAGAAAGGCGAGGAGUGGCACUGCCUUUUGAAGGACGACUGGCUCCUUCUCCCCGCUCUAGUGCAGUUCAUGAACUCCCUGGAGUUCUGCAACGCCGUCAUCCAGGUGGCUCACCCCUUGAUUCGUAAUCAGCUUGUAAAUUAUAUUUACAACGGGUUCUUGGUACCAGUCUUGGCUCCUGCUCUUCAUAAGGUGACUGUGGAGGAGGUCAUGACCACAACUGCAUAUUUGGAUCUUUUUCUGCGUAGCAUCUCCGAGCCAGCACUACUUGAGAUCUUCCUUCGUUUUAUCCUGUUGCACCAGCACGAGAAUGUCCACAUUCUAGAUACUCUCACGAGCCGAAUCAACACCCCAUUUCGGCUCUGUGUGGUGUCCCUGGCAUUAUUUAGAACUCUCAUCGGUUUACACUGUGAAGAUGUGAUGUUACAACUAGUUUUAAGGUAUCUGAUCCCUUGCAAUCACAUGAUGCUGAGUCAGAGGUGGGCUGUGAAGGAGAGAGACUGUUACUCUGUUUCCGCGGCCAAGCUGCUUGCCUUGACCCCCGUGUGCUGCUCCAGUGGCAUCACCCUGACGCUUGGGAACCAAGAGAGGGAUUAUAUUCUCUGGUCAAAGUGUACGCACGCUAGUUCAGGGCCCGUGGAGCAGCCCCUCCCUGCGGCAGUCUCUCCGUCGGCCUGCAUCGUGGAGUACGGCAAGGCCCUGGACAUCAGCUACCUGCAGUACCUCUGGGAGGCCCACACCAACAUCCUCCACUGCAUGCGGGACUGCCGCGUCUGGUCUGCCCUGUACGACGGGGACUCCCCCGACCCUGAGACGUUUCUCCAGAGUCUGACAGAUGAGAGCACCGGCCCCUCCGCUUUCCCUGUGUUCGGGCUCCCGCCACCGCUCCCCAGGAAGACAGGGCCUCAGCUGGCUCCGAGAAAGGACAAGAACCAGACAGAACUGGAGUGGGAUGACAGCUACGACACUGGGAUCUCCUCAGGGGCCGAUGUGGGCUCCCCUGGGCUGGAGAAUUCUGGCCCACCGGUGCCGAUGGAGCCCCCCAAACACAUCCAGGAGAUGAAGAAGAACGCCAUCCUGCUCUUCAAAGGGUCCUACAUCGAAGAGUCCGACUUUCAGGACGACGUGAUGGUGUACAGGCUGUGUGCUGAGAAGGACUCUGAGGACGCGAACUCACAGGCGGACGCGGCGAGGUCUGCAGCCCCAGGCCAGCCCGAGGAGCAGGGUCCCCCCACGAACAACGGCCCCCUGCCCAGCCCUCAGCCAGAAACAGACUCAGAGGAGGAACCAAACAGGGACGAUUCGGACCUGGUUCAAAAUGUGUCCAAGGAACCAGAACCAGAGAAUGAGCCUGAGGUAGCCCCGGAGUCAAACUCGGAGUCAGCACCCCGUGUCUCCGAGGCAGAGCACAGUGCAGACCUGACGCUUAUUAGCCCAGAGGGGGAAGACUUCAUUGCCCAGUACGACCAAAUCAUUCAGGAACUGGAUUCUGGCACCGAGGGCUUCGUAAGACACGAUUUCUCCUCACCCGAUCCCUUGCUCCUCACAGAAGAGCAAGAAGGGAAGGAAGAAGAGAGCAAAGGAGAAAAGGAGGAGGCGGAGGAGGAGGUGGAGGAGGGGAAGAAGGAACUAGAAGAGGAGGAGGACGACUUUGACUCUUUUAUAGUGGAAGCGCCUGCCGCAGAGAUCCUGCCGUCCCCCUUUGGGGCGAGAGAUGAGCCGGCCUCUGCCUGUCACCAUCCCGUGAGGACUCAGAGCGCUCCGUUCACAGGCCCGUUCAUCAGCGUGGUCCUGUCUAAGCUGGAGAACAUGCUGGAGAACUCUCUGCACGUGAAUUUGCUGCUGAUUGGGAUCAUCACUCAGCUCGCCAGCUACCCCCAGCCGCUCCUGCGCUCCUUUCUCCUCAACACCAACAUGGUCUUCCAGCCAAGUGUCCGUUCUCUCUAUCAGGUCCUAGCAUCUGUGAAAAACAAGAUUGAACAGUUUGCUUCUGUGGAGAGAGACUUCCCUGGACUCCUCAUACAAGCCCAGCAAUACCUGCUUUUCCGAGUGGACAUGUCCGACAUGACCCCAGACUCACUAACCAAAGAUCCCAUUCAGGAUGCUUCCAGGACAGGAACUGGCAAGAACCUUUUGGACGGCCCCCCCAGAGUGCUUCAGCCCUUCCUGACAAACAGAGCCAAGGUGGCGGGGGUGCCCCCAAGCCUGCCCCUGCCGGUGAGGAACACCAUGCUGGCUGCUGCCCUCUUCCCCGAGUUCCUCAAGGAACUGGCCGCCCUGGCCCAGGAACACUCCAUUCUGUGCUACAAGAUCCUGGGGGACUUCGAAGACUCCUGUUGUUAGCUUCAGCUUUUUCUUUUUCUUUUUUUUAAAUAGAGGUUCUUGUUUUUUAAGGUUUUAGUGUCUUGACUGAAUGUUAAAUGCAAAGCUGCUUACAAAAAUUUCUACUUUGAUAUUUCCUGACAAUACUUGAUUUGUGGGGAGGGGGAUUUUCUGUACACCUCCUCUCUCUAGCCAGGUCUUCCCACCCUACUUUGUAUAGAAUGUAAGUCUCAUAAGCUGGUUGCUCCUGUGGCAGGUUUUCUUUGCUCAGUUUUUCCUCCUCAAAUUUUUCGGUUGUUACUAUUCUCCCACCCGAGUCCACUCAUCUUGCAGCUUAGAGCGUACCAAACGAGUGCAUCCUAGGCUUCAAUGAUUUCUGGAAGUGCCCCGUGUCCGAAGGCUGGUUCUUCAACAUCACGUGAAGAAUGCACACCUACUCCUGUUGCCUUCUGCAUUUUUGCUUCCAUGUUACAAAAGGGAAGGAUAAAGAUGGAGCCCCCUUGCCUCCACCUCGUAAGCACAUAUCACGUGGCCCUUUGCAUUCUGCUUCCAAGACUUAGGUUCUGCCCAACUGCCUUCUGGGGCAGGCAUCUCGUCGGUCUCAGCUGCCUGCCUGGUCGUCAGAUGUUGGCACAGAGACAGUUUCCUGUUGCUGGAGAGAUUUCUUUUAACCAGUAUAUUGCUACCUAAACACUGAACAUAGCCUUAGCUUGGUAAGAUUUGCACAAAGUGAAAUGUACCUAUGCAAACUGUUACUUUGGUUUUCAGGAGUUUGAUCAGAUGAAGAAAGCGUGGUGUCAUGUACUUAUAGAAGAAGACAAUCAUCAUUGUUUUUUAAAGUGUUUUGUGAAAAACAGAUUAAUUGGUAAAGCAAUUUCAUAGUGGGGUUGUUUUUUUUGUUUUUGUUUUUUGGCAUGGGGAGGUGUAUGGAGCUGGGAUAAAGGUAAACUAAAUGCAACAUGUAAAAACAUUGGUAGUUAUCUUAAAUUGUGUUUGCUUUUUCUAGUAUGUUGCACUUUGUAGAGAACCAGGUACCGUACGGCUACUCUGGGAAGUGAGAUGUACAUGCAGACAGAUCACAGGGAGACCUGCAAAGCCAAGUGCCUGCCGGUGACUCAGUCUACACAGAAGUGCCGCCUUCCGAGUAGUGGGGUCCAUUAGGAGGCCCCAGCGUGAUGCAUUAGUGCCUUUCUGCUGCUUGUCAGCCUGCUCCAAGGGGCAUCAUUAUACAUAGAGCCAGUCUCCUUACACCACCACCACGAGGGGGAAAUACAAAAUAAUUGUGGGCUAAAACCAAGACCCUAAACAGCUGAUCAUUAUGAAUAUUCAAUUCUACUCCCCUCUUUUCUGGGCAGGUAAGAAGCACAUAGAGAGCAUGUGCCUCACCGUUUGGACGGAAAGUGGAAGCCCUGUGUGCAUGUUUCUCUCUCUCUCUCUCUCUCUCUCUCUCUCUCUCUCUCUCACCACAGGUGUGGUGCUGUGUCUCAGGAGCAUUGUUUUGGUUUUAAUCAGGCCCCUAGUACAGGCGGGGAGUGGAGUAAAGAAUCACAUGAGACCCUGCAGAGCAGAGGCCACUCUUUUGUGGUUCAGGGAUCUUGAAGCAGCUUUGUUGUGAGAGAAAAGCCAGCCCAGUGGAAUGACAUCUCCAGUGGUCGUCUCCAGUGGAAUGACGACCCCAGGAGAUCUGGCCUGGCCUGGGAGCCCCUUCGGAGCCAGCUUCACAGUGUUUCUGAGUCUGAGCAAAAAACCAAAGAUACCAACUCAUUAUGUAUUUCUGACUUCAAAUUUAUAUGUUUUGAAAAAUGCUUUGCCCAGCUGUGGUACAGCAGCCAGGACCUCUGCGGCCCAGCAAACA